UUACUUAAUAACAAUAAUAAAAAAAUAUUUUUUUGUUACUGACAUCACUCACAACAAAAAAUUAAUUUAUUAUCGUUUUUCUGUAUGGGAAUUUUUUCAUAAUCAACAAUUAAAGAUAUUAUUGGCUAAAAAUAUAUUUAUCAAGCAAAGCAUUACAAAUCUAAAUUCUUUAAAUAAAUUUCGUUUUUCUCCUAAAUUCAAUGGAACAUUACGAACUAUUAUCAAUACCAAGCAAAACUUUAGAAAGAAUUAUAGAUGGUUAUGGCAUCAACUCUAGGAUGAUACACACAAAAUGGUUCGAUUUUUUGAAUCAUUGCUCGAAAGAAUAUACAAGUGAGUAUAAAAAAAUGAAAUUAUAUUUUAUCAUUGCUGACUUAAACAAAUGUUAUGAUAAUAUAGAUACUCAAAAACUUUAUUCUAUAUUAACAGAGUUGAUAAUUCAGUUGUCCCCUCCAUUUUAUUAUUGCUCUUAUUAUGAAAUAAAAAAACAGAAUUCAAAAAAAUUCAGUAAUGACGGGUAUGUCAUACAUAACACCAGAGAGGCCAAGAUUAAUAAAAAUCUUAAAUUUUUAUUUUCUCGAACUAAACAAGAUGCAUUAGAAGAUAUAUCCGAUUCAAAUUCAAAAUUUUUUACGAACAACUGUAGUAAUGAAAUAAAAUAUAAUUUGAUUUAUAUUAGAAAGCAAUCGGAAAUUAAGACUUUACAAUUAAACACGAUUUUACAGGCUGUAUCAUUACACGUAUUUCAUAAAUAUAUUAAAGAAAAUUUUAGUUCCCCGAGAAAGAUUUACAGAAUAUAUAAACUAUCAAAAGGUAUUCCUCAGGGGUCUUCGUUAUCUUCAUUAUUUUGCGAUAUGUAUUUAGGUCACAUGGAAAAAUUGUUAUUUAAAUCGAUUUUUAAUUCAAAACAAUGUUUUAUAGUGCGCAAUGUCGAUGAUUAUCUUUUUAUAACUCCCCUUUAUAUUGAGGCUAAUCGAUUUUUAGAACUACUCCAUAGUGGAGUUGCCGAAUGUAGCCUUAAAAUAAAUACAAAUAAAUUAAAUCACAACCUAUAUCUGAAUGCAGAUCAAAUUAGUUGGUGUGGAUACGACUUUAAUACUAAAUAUCCAUUUCGCGUUAAUUUAAAUCUUAUUAAGUACUACAAUAUGAAAGUUGAAGAUACUAUUAUAUUUAAUUCAGAGUAUGGGCAAACACUUUUUUCUAUAAUCCAUCGGAAGAUUUAUUAUUUUUUUAAAUCUAUGUUGAAUAAUAUAAUUCUAUAUGAGAUUUUACCAUAUAAUAUGCGGGAUCUUGAUCAAGAUUUUUUGCAACUAUCUUAUUUAAAUAUAUUCUAUUUAUACUUAUUAGUCGCCUUAAAAUUUCACACUUUAUUUACAUCUUUUUUUCAAAUUUAUAAUAAAUUUAUCAUUAAAACAAAUGAUUUGGUAUUUAAUAAUAUUAUUCAACUGAUAUAUAAUUGUAUUGAUAUGCUCUUAACUCAUUUAUUAAAAAUAAAAAUAAAUUAUAGGAUUUUUUGGAACAAUGGCUUUAAUGAUAUAACCAAUUUAAACAAUAUUUACUCUUUGACAAUCAUUACUUUUUUGGCAUUUUAUAUAAAGUUUAAAUCUCAUUCUAACAUUUAUGAAAGGUGGUAUGGUGGUGGUAGACCAUGCACAGCUAGUACUAUGGAAAAUGAUUCUGUUGAAACUGUUAUUGAACCAGACCGACCUGGUGCGCCGGAUGAAAAUUUUGAUUUAAAAUAUUUUACCCUGGCAACUAGAAAUAUUACACAAAAGCAUACUGGGGAAACCAUAUUAUCGGAGAUUGAUAGUAUUGAAGAGUUCCUUUUAAAAGUCAAAAUAAUACAAAUGGUAACAGAUUCAGGGGCCAAUGUCAAGAAGCGUCAGAUUGGGGGAUUAUGA